CAUACUGUAGCUCAAGGGAGAUGUGAUAUUUUAACUACCGGCAGGAGUGACAGUGAUUCGGGAUGGGUGGGAGAUGAUAUACCUACAUUGAGGCCCGAGUUCCCGACAUGUAUCGCUUGCAAUGAUCAGGCAAUGGGCCGCAGUGGUGAUGAUGAUAAUAAUACAUGGCCUUCGACCACGCGGUUGAGGCAGGCAAGCAGGGGAGGACCGGGGUACUGGGCUCAGCCUGCAGGGCGGCAGUGUUGUGCUGCGUUUUGCGAUGCGGAGCGAGAUGGAAAGGUCCUCGUAUCUGUUGAUUGUGGUCUCGUGUGGUGGCGACAGAGAUGA